GUCGAGAGGCAAACAUAUCAUUUAUUUGUACAAUGAAUAGGCUUUUGGUUCUCGCUUGCUUAUUAGCUGUGAGCUUUGCUCGUCCUGACGGUGUUCUUGAAGGCAACGACGGACAUGUAUUAGUAUCCCAAAGUUCCAUCGGAACAUACAAAUUCGCGGUGCAGCUUAAGGAUAACCUUAGAUGGGAAGAAAGGUUGGCAGAUGGUACUAUUAGAGGCGAAUACUCCGUACCUGACGAAAGUGGGGUACCAAAGGUUAUUCGCUACACUUCCGGAAAAGACGGAUUCCAGAUCGUUGAUGGUCCUGUGCCUGUGGCACCAGUUGAUGAAAAAGUCCUAUGA